AAAAUAGACGUGACAGAGCCGUAAAGGGAAUUUAAAUUGAGAAUAAUUGCAAUUGAGGCCUAGUAUGUGUGUGUUUUGACAUACGAUUGCAUUUUCAGCUGAAAAUAUAGAGCGAAGAUGAGUGAAGACACCGUGAAUUCAAAUGGUCCCAGAAUGCCCACGACAUUCUAUGGGAUUAACCUGAGACUGGCCGAGGGUCUCCAAAGGCCUGAUGGUGUUCCUCUGUACUGCACCUCCAUCCAGGAGGUGCAGGCGGUCAUGAAGGCCAACAAGACGGCCCGCUUCAAGUCGUUCAGCAGCCAGGCGGAGGCGGAGGCGUUCAGUCGGCUGGCGGCGGACCCCGGCGAGGGAGCCGCCCCUCCGGCCGCACCCUCCCCGUCCGCCGCCGCCGCGGCCACCGGCGCCGGCGGGGAGAAACCUUCACCGUACAAAAAUCCCUCCAGACCGGACUUUCAGGAGUUCCGCAAGCUGGUCGAAUCUGGCGACGAGCGCGGCGUGGUGGCGGCAGUGGCGCGCAACCCGCGCUACCUGAUCAGCAGCGGCGACACGCCGGCCCUGCUGCGUGAAGGGCCGCGCCACAAUUCCCUUCAUCUGGCAGCGCUGCGCGGACGGGACGCCGUGUGUAGGACGCUGCUGGAGCUGGUGGGCGAUCCGCGGCUCUUUCAGAGACUGUACCCCGAUGAUGCGCCCGAGGUGGCGGCCGGCCGGUCCGAGUACAUGCUGGACCUGUACCUGAACAUGCCGACCAAGGGGACGUUCGAGACGCCACUGCACCUGGCCGCCAAACAGGGUCACCUGGAGACGGUCCGCGCGCUGGUGCAGCACCCCGCCUGCAAGCGCGACCUCACCAACAAGUUUGGAGAGACGCCCGAGCAGGUGGCCUGUCAGCAGUACUCUGGACCAGAUAAGGACGGACUGCGGCGGCAGAUGGGCUUCCUGCUGCAGGAGCCCUUCUAUGUACAGGUGCUGGCCGAGGCGGACGGCUCAGGUGCACCGGUUCUGGCUCCGCCGUGUUCGCCACAUCAGGAGCGACAGAGGGGUAACAGCGCGCCGGGGACGCCCAGUACACCGCAGUCGCCGCUACUG